GUUUGGGGCCUGCUGUUUCUCCAGUCACCGGCCAGUGCCACCAAGUGCCUCCCACCCUGCUCCUCCCACUCCCCUGCGGCUACCUUUUUCACUACUGUAGGCGACGCCUGCAGGCUUGCGCACACUCUCCUUCGUCUUUCUUUCUUCACAUACCAACAACACCUUUUGCAAAUCACCACCACCCUCUCUCUUCCUCUUUGGAUCCCUUGCAAUCCUGCUCAAUCUCUCGAGUCGUCACCGGUGCGAGUCCCACUGAUCUCUCUAUUUUCUUCCAACGGUAAGCUACCGCCCCCAGCAUCAUCGCCUCCUUCUCCAGCGGUCUACACGUACCCCACGUCUUCUUGCACUUGCACGGGACAACCCUCAACUGCGCCGCCAGUCACUUGGGCUUCGGUCGGAUGCAAGGAGCUGCCCUGAAUUCGCGCGGGUCUCUUGAUACACGUCCUUCACUUGUUCAACACCCUGUCGGCCCGCGAUCCCAACAGAAGUGGCCUCAUUGACGUUAAUUCCCGCACCUGGAUUGCCCACCCACUAUCUCAGUUUUGCACAGCUGCGACUGCGGCGGAACUGGAGGGAAAUCGUUCCUUGUGCAUAUUCUGUAAUCGCAAUACCAACUAUUACCGAUCCUAUCCGGCCUUAUCGCUGUCCGGGCUGUCUCCUUUCCUUUUUGAAUCACUUCGUGGUAUCCAAACAUCAAAAAUGGGUGUAGAGGAGUCAGUCUACUUAGCAAAGCUUGCUGAGCAAGCGGAGCGAUAUGAGGAGAUGGUCGAGAACAUGAAGGUCGUUGCCUCUGCAGACCAAGAGCUCUCCGUCGAAGAGCGAAAUCUCCUAUCGGUUGCCUACAAGAACGUCAUUGGUGCCCGGCGUGCUUCUUGGAGAAUCGUUACCUCCAUUGAACAAAAGGAGGAGUCGAAAGGCAACGAAGCCCAGGUCAAGCUGAUCAAGGAGUACCGCCAAAACAUUGAGAAAGAGCUUUCCAAAAUCUGCGAAGACAUCCUCGAUGUCCUCGACAAGCACCUGAUCCCAUCUGCUCAAACCGGUGAAUCCAAGGUAUUCUAUCACAAGAUGAAGGGCGACUACCACCGCUACCUUGCUGAAUUCGCUACUGCCGAAAAGCGAAAGGAAUCCGCGGACAAGUCUCUCGAGGCAUACAAGGCUGCCACCGAAGUCGCUCAAACCGACCUUGCGCCCACUCACCCCAUCCGACUUGGUCUUGCCCUGAACUUCUCUGUCUUCUACUACGAGAUCUUGAACUCUCCCGACCAAGCCUGCCACCUGGCCAAACAGGCAUUCGAUGAUGCCAUUGCUGAACUCGACACCCUGAGCGAAGAGAGCUACAAGGAUUCCACAUUGAUCAUGCAACUGUUGAGAGACAACCUGACUCUCUGGACCUCUUCCGAGGCCGAGCCCCAAGAGGCGCCAGCUGCUCAGUCAAGCGAAGCUCCCAAGGAGUCCGAGGCGGCGCCUGCGCCCGAGGCUAGCACAGAGAAGGCCGAGUAAAGAGGAUGUGUCCUUACUGGCCAUGAAGUCCGUUGGCAAAGAUAUCCCCCGCUGUCUCGGCGAGCAGACGAUGAGAAAGGGCUGGGCGGCAGCGUCACUUGCAACAAUCUUUCCCACUUAUCAUCCUCCCACUGAUAUUCCCCACCCCUUUAUCACCGACAGCCUUUUUGCAGAUGGGACUACGGCAGACAAGGUAAUCUGCGGUGGCUGUGCGACUACCAACAAUCCCCCGAUGGAAGAGUAGCUGCUUUAGGUACUUUUUUAGACCCAAAGACACAGGAGAAGAAUAGCAAUAUGUGAUCGGAUCAUUGUUUCUCCAUUUGCG